AUGGCAGCCGAGUUAGUAAAUCGAAUCAAAAUAGAUUUACACUUGGAAUCAUGUCCGACAUUCUUAUGGACAGAUUCUGAAAUAGUACUUGCUUGGAUCAACUCGCCUUCAUCAUCGUUUCAUACCUUUGUCGCCAACCGAAUAUCAAUCAUUCAAGACCUCACCUUAACUCAGCAAUGGCGACACGUCCGUUCAAAAGACAAUCCUGCCGAUCUCAUCUCGCGAGGAAUCCCAGCGAACAAAUUAGCAUCCUGCAAUUUGUGGUUCUAUGGACCACUGUUUUUACACGGGUCAGAAUCAUCAUGGCCUCCACUUUACACCAACACACUAGAAUGUGAUCUUGAAAGAAGAGCAGUUAAUAACUAUGCCUUGUCAGCAAUAGAACAACCAGCCAAUUUCAUUGACUUUAUUGAUCAUCAAAACGACUUCAGAAGACUGCACAGAGUGGCGGCACACAUCUUACGAUAUUGUCACAACUUGCGAGCUAAAAAGAAGAAAGAACUCAUCAGAAAAUCUGGUCCUCUCAGGCCAACAGAACUCUAUAUAGCGCUUAUUCGCAUAGUCAAACACAUGCAAAGAGAAGAGUUUGAAGAAGACAUAAGGCAUCUCAAACGCUUUUCAGAAACAGCAAGGGGAAGUCCCAUCACCAGCUUAACUCCAUUCCUCGACGAAGAAGGAGCAUUAAGAGUCGGUGGACGUCUAGAAGCAGCAUCCCUAUCAUAUGAAGCCAAACAUCCAUUGCUUCUUCCUUAUUCUCAUCCCUUUACAAAGAUGAUUAUGGUAAUGUACCACAAGGAGAAUCUUCACUGUGGUCCUCAAGCACUUCUAGCCUCAAUGAAACAAAAAUUUUGGCCCAUAAAGGGAAAAUCAAUAGCAAGAUCAGUUGUGCAGCAGUGUAUCAGAUGCACAAGAGCUAAGCCGAAACUACUAACACAAAUAAUGGGAAACCUCCCAUCUCACAGAGUUCAGCCCACACGCCCAUUCCUUAAUGCAGGUGUCAAUUUCUGUGGACCAAUCAAAACCCAUUUCAAGGUGAGGGGAAAACACCCGCAAAAAACUUACAUUGCGGUAUUCUGCUGCUUUUCAACAAAGGCUGUCCAUUUAGAACUUGUGACAGACCUGUCUACAAACGGCUUCAUUGCAGCUAUGAAGCGAUUUAUUGGGAGACGAGGCAGCUGUCAGCAUUUAUACUGUCACAAUGCAACAAACUUCGUUGGCGCUAACAAUCAAUUACAAGAAAUGAUUGAACACAUACAUACACAAGCGUCUAAAGAAAAAAUCCAAAACACCUUUUCCACGAGGGGAAUAGAAUUCCACUUUAUUCCCCCGAGAGCACCUCAUUUUGGAGGAUUAUGGGAAGCGGCUGUGAAGUCAGCAAAGCACUUACUGUAUCGUUGUCUUGGUGGAACCUCAUUGACAUAUGAGGAACUAGAAACAACCAUCAUUGAAAUCGAGGCAGUAAUGAAUUCCAGACCGAUCACUGCCAUGUCAGACAAUCCCAAUGAUUUGAUGGCUCUCACUCCAGGUCAUUUCAUUAUAGGGGAACCGUUAACCAAUCCAAUUGAUCCAGUUGCAAACACACUGGAGGUUAAUCCUUCAAAACAAAUUAAGGUGAUAUCAAAUAUUAAAAAGGAAUUUUGGAAAAGAUGGCAUGUUGAAUAUCUCAAUGAGCUUCAACAAAGGCACAAAUGGCAGCGCAAACAUGAAAAUUUGCGUCCUGGAACCUUGGUCAUCAUCAAGGAAGACAAUUGCCCUGUCAUGAAAUGGCCAUUAGGAAGAGUCAUCCAAACCUUUCCUGGGGUAGAUGGCGUGGUAAGAGUAGCUGAAAUCCAGACUGCUACGAGGAUCCUCCGAAGACCAAUUCACCGACUAGCGCCAUUACCAGUCCAAACAGAAGACGACAUUACAAGUCCAUCAUCAGAAGACUCAGAACAACAGUCAUCAUCUUUCAUGGCAACAUCCUCUGAAAUAAUGCCGAAGAUAACAUUACAAUAUCACCUCCGAGAAAAAGAACUCAAGAGCUUGAAGAUGGCGAGAUCAACGAAGAAAAAGGAGAUAUAA